ACAAGAAUAAUUUUGCAAGAAAAAAAUAAAGAAAGAAAAGAGAAGAAAGAUUAAUUCUGCAUUGUGAUCUUUUGUGCCAAAAAAGGAAAAAAAUAUACAUUUUGUUGUGUAAUUACUAAUUAGAAUUAAAUGAUGAAUUUGAAAAGAAAAAAAAAAACAAGUAAAUGAUUAAUCUAUAUAUUUGGGUACCAAGUAAAUAACGGUGAAAUAUUCCAAAGUAGAUCUUGUGGGAGAGUAGUAAAUGGGAAUUGGUUAAAAGUUUAGAGAGAGUUUCAUCCUAUAAAUCUCAACCAUCAACAUUGAGUGCUCUGCUCUGCCAAUUCAAUCAUCAACUUAUCAUAUAGAUCAGAAUUUAUAUGGCUGAGGGAAAUACCCAAUCGAAGUACGUGAAACUCACAAAGGAUCAAGCUCCUGUAGAGGAUAUAACUCCUGGAGAGCUCAAUCAGCCUAUUGAAGUUCCUCAGUUGGACGUUCAUAGAUGUACAGAAUGCGGACAAGUUUUGCCAGAAAGCUACCAACCUCCAGCCGAUGAGGAUUGGACAACUGGGAUUUGUGGUUGUGCUGAUGAUACUCAGAGUUGUUGGACUGGACUCUUCUGUCCAUGUGUCUUGUUUGGUCGUAAUGUUGAAACAUUGAGAGAUGACAUUCCUUGGACGAAUGCGUGUGUUUGUCAUGCCAUUUGCGUUGAAGGUGGAAUAGCACUUGCAGCAGCAACAACCUUCCUUCAUGGUAUAGAUCCACAUACUUCAUUUCUCAUUUGUGAGAGCCUGGUUUUUUCAUGGUGGAUGUGUGGCAUCUACACCGGUCUUUUUCGACAAUCGCUACAGAAGAAAUACCAUCUUAAGAAUUCGCCUUGUGAUCCAUGCCUUGUGCAUUGUUGUAUGCACUGGUGUUCCCUUUGUCAAGAGCACAGGGAAAUGAAGAACCAUCUCUCAGACAGUGCUGCUUCACAUAUGACCAUGAUUAACCCGCCUCAGCUUCAAGAGAUGGAAUCCAAUGAAAACAAUCACUCUGCAGCUUCUGCCCCAUCAAAACAUGGUGAUCACACCAACAUGGAGAUACAGUCUUUGUAGGAUUUGUGUUCUGUCGUAUAGAUUUUUCUUCUUUCUGUUUUCCUUCUUUCAUAUGUUGAUUUUAUUAGGCGCGACAACAUCAAACUUGUAUUUUUCUUCAACAAUGAGAGAACACUCAUUCCAUUCCAGGGUAAGAAGGGGUGGAGAUACACAUAAGCAGUUGGGUUCACACAAAUUUGCACAGAGCAUUUUCAGUAGAUAGAAUGUUAUUUCAAAAAAUCUUUUUCUUUCUACAAUAUAUUUUUUGGUCUGUAAUACUUGAUCAAAUUCCUAUAAUUAGUUUAUACAUUUCUAUAUAACUAGAUCUCUUCAUGAUCAACUUAUAUGAUACAAUGUAUUAUAUGAUGGGAGUGUUAUUUUACAAAGAAUAAACAAAUAAUCAUUGGAUAUGCGUGCCUAAAA